AUGGUGGACGCCGGAGUUGACGGCACUGCGAAACGGGUACACUGGUGCCCGCGAUAUCGGCUCACUGCGCCCGAACUGGAAGACACCGCAUCGCACCUGCGGAGUCAGUACCACCGAGCCAUCCGGGAUGUCAUACGACGGCACUGGAAGGAGUUUCUAGCAACACCGACAACAUUUGGAAAGCGGCGCAGUACCUUGAACCAGUAA